AUGUACUCAAUAUCUGAUCUCUCCCUGCACUCGAUAAGACGACAUCGAAAACUUCGGCGAGGAUACAAGCAAGGGCGAACUCCUAUUUUUGAAGCAGUGCAGAUCAAUGCAUCGACUCUCUGGUGGGGAGAAGAUGUCUGCCAUGAGAAGCGUAAAGCGCUGAACAUAUAUUCGAUGAACUACAUUGCACAAGUCGUUCAUCCCAAGGUCGUUGCUAUGGGCAGGAUGAUAAGAAUAUAUCGUUUGCAUGCGGAGUUCAAGCAGCGAAAUGAAAUUCCCCAAAGAAAGGUUAUUGUGACACUCAUCAGCAGAUAUUCAAUCACUAGCGAUACUCAAGUACCUCCGUACUAUGGCUGA